CUUUGCUGUCUGAGCUAGUUGACACAGCUCAGGUCCUGCUGCAAUCUUGAACGGUGGUGACUGAUGAGUGCAGUGUUGUGGAGUCGGCUGGCUCUUUCUUUAACGUAUAUUUUACCAGUUUUAUUCAGUGUUUUACGGAACAUUUUCUCCGGUGAAGCGUUACACGUUUGUCGAAGAUGUCUGUGGCCGGGCUGAAGAAACAGUUCCACAAAGCCAGUCAGAAACGCUCUCCGCCUCGGCUCCAGGUUAUCCAUCCCCACGGUGGCAAAGAGAGGAUGCGCUGGGGCUUCCAUCCCAGUGGACGAUGUGGUGAACGGACUCACAGAUGAGCAGAUACAGCUACUCAGUGAAAAGAUCAGUGGAGCAGAGGGGACAAAGCUGGAUGAAGACUUCACGGAGAUGGAGAGGAAAAUUGAGGUGACCAACAAGUCAGUGUUUGAUCUCUUGUCCAAAACAACAGAAUACCUCCAGCCUAACCCAGCCUCUCGAGCCAAACUGAACAUGCUGAACACAGUGUCUAAGAUCCGAGGGCAGGUUAAGACCACUGGCUACCCUCAGACCGAAGGCCUGCUGGGAGACUGCAUGCUUCGCAACGGCCAUGAACUGGGAGAGGAGUCUGUUUUUGGCUGUGCUCUGGUGGAAAUGGGUGAGGCCAUGAGGCAGAUGGCAGAUGUGAAGGACUCCCUCGAUAUAAACGUCAAACAAAACUUUAUUGACCCCCUGCAGAAUCUACAGGACAAGGACCUCAAAGAGAUCAUGCACCACCUGAAGAAGCUGGAGGGGCGCAGGUUAGACUUUGACUAUAAGAAGAAGCGUCAGGGGAAGAUCCCAGACGAGGAGAUCCGGCAAGCUGUGGAGAAGUUCGAGGAGAGCAAAGAGCUGGCCGAGAGGAGCAUGUUCAACUUCCUUGAGAAUGACGUGGAGCAGGUGAGCCAGCUGUCAGCACUGACUGAGGCGGCAAUAGAGUACCACCAACAGUCGUGUGAAAUCCUGGAGGAGCUUAGCAGAAAGCUGCAGAAUAGGAUAUCCACAGCCAGCACCCGGCCCAAGAGAGAAUUCAAGCCAAAGUCCAUCAGGAGCAGCAUCGAGACCCUGGACAACAGUCAGCACAAUGGCCUGUCCUACAGCUCCUCGCUCAAAUCCACUGCUGAUCAUAUAACCUCCGUACCACUGUCAUGGCCUGAGAGCCCCACUACCAAUGGCAAUAUUCACCAGUCGGAGGUGAUGGACCAGCCAUGCUGUCGCUCCCUCUAUGACUUUGAGCCAGAGAACGAGGGCGAGCUGGGCUUCAAGGAGGGUGACAUCAUCAUCCUCACCAACCAGAUAGACGAGAACUGGUAUGAAGGCAUGAUCAACCGCGAGUCUGGCUUUUUCCCCAUCAACUACGUGGAGGUCAUUGUCCCCCUGCCUCAGUGAAGACCGACACCUUCUAAAGACUCCCUCCUGCCUCACCACACUCAGCCUCUGUCCUCAGCUCGACUCGGGCCUGAAAAAGCACAGGGCCAAAAACAGCCUGAAGCUGAAAAAUGUCUGUCUUCUGAUUUUAAAAACAAGCCAGAGAGGUAGUAGUUUUAUCCCAAGCUGACUUAAGAUCAAAUAUGGCUGAUAACAUUGUUUUCUCUGUUGAUAUUUAUGAACCUGAAGCCAACUGAAACCCAAGCCAUUAAGUGGGACACUCUGCCUGGUUGGACCUUUUGUGUCCUUUGGGUCUGACUGAGGUGAAAAUGUCUAGCAGCCAUCAAACUCUGUAAUCCAUACUGUCAGUCCUUCAGAUGAUCCUGCUCCCUGUUAAUGCUGAUCAAAGUUUAUGACGUUGAGCUGCCCCCUCACUACAAACUGAGGCUCCUUAACUUUGCUUGAGGUGCAAAAUUGGACACCAUGACUGCAAUUUUUACUACAAACAAAUUAUAUGCUUUUAUUUGAAUCAUAGUCACAUUAGGAACAUUAUAUACAUUUCAGGAUAUUUUCAAUCCCAUUAGGUUGUCAUAUAGUCACUCCAAAAAAAUGAUAGAGGCUUUGUGCUUGCAUCACAAAUCCCCUCAUAGCGAUGACUUGAAUUGUUAUGGACCUCUCACAUCAUGCUGACCAUAUACUAGCUAGCUAAGAAGUAGAAUUAGCCAUAGUAUCUAGCCAUGCAGAUACUUUUGGUUUUAUUUGCCCAAGUUUUGAGAUAUUUGUCUCAGAGGUUUAUGGCUCCACCCCAAUACUACAGUGGGGGUGUAUGGAAUUUCAUUGUUGUGCUUGCAGGAUUGAACAAAGACAAUUAAAAGAAAUUAAAAAAUUCAAGAGCUGGCCAAGAAAAUAGGAAUUGUUUUAAUUUGGGUGAACUGACCCUUUUAAAAAGGAGAUGAAGGUGAGUGACUUGGUGAGUUGUUGGCCAGCCUGUAUGUUUAAGAAAAACUCCCACAUUAUCUCAGCCACUGUUGCCCUUGAAGACCUUCAAUAUGGCCGCCACAGUCGUGUCUUCCACUGAUUUUGUGUUUCAUAUUUGAAAAGCAUUUUAUAUUCUGUGAUUUUAUCCAAACACAAGCCUUAUUUUUCUUAUUGUUUAUGAUGCCUUGCAAGGCCUUCAAGUGAAGUCUUGCCAAAGUUCAAAGGUAAUUCCAGUUUAUUACAGCCUUGUUCUUGUUUUUGUCAUCAUUUCUAUCAGUAAUAAAAUAAUGUGUUCAUCAAGUUAAUUGCUGAGAUUGGGAACAUGGUGUCAUAGGACAAGAAGUCACAGGUCAAGAAACACUAGCAGUCAGACAAUUAGACAGGUUGUAAAGCUGCACUAACCAAUGUUUUCAUAUCAACAAUGAGUCAGAUGACUACUUGUGAUAGGUGUCGCUUGUUGUGAUGAACAAGCAGAGAAUUAUCACCAAUUACUAUCUGCAGUUCCGCUCAGCUCUAGAAGGCGUUGAGUUCACUGUUUUGUUUCAGUCCCUCUGCUCUCAUCAACUUGUUUCCAGCAGCAGCAGACAGCUAUUUUCAGUGGUAAAGCUCUGAUAACUACCUGUACACUACCUGCUCAGCACCAAACAGCAGACAGACAAAGUUAGAGACUAGCUGGUGAACACAGUGGAACAUUUAGCAGCUGAAGAGCCAGAUAUUUUUUUGCAGGAGUUGGUGGAGACCAAAAUAGAGCUAAAAGGAGAGUGAAUAUCAGGUGGCCAGAAACAUGGCUCCAAAUAAAUGCUAGUACAUUGCUCAGUUUCUGCUGGAUGUGUAAAUAGGCAACUGUUUGCUAACACUUUAUAAGGCCAUAAUAUGUCACAAUACAUGUGUGAUGUUCAGCUUGUUGUGGAGUUCUGCCCCAAGUGGCCAAAUAAAAAGUGAUUCAUGCUGCUUUAAACAAAUCCCCAGGUUAGACAAACUUAUUUGGAAGAGAAAAUGAAAGUGAAAGUUUUGCUGUGCAAUUAAGGAUUAUUCGCAACAUUUCAGGGGUGCUCACUUUCGGUUUUACCCCCAAAAAUGUUGUUUAGAUAAUCUAGACAAACUGUCAGCUUGUUUACAAUCUGAUCGUCUGCCUGCUCGUGUUCUUACCCUGUUGCAGCAAUGUUGCUAUGUUCUCAGAUUACUCUGAUGAGUAAAUCUUAUCAGAACUGAUAGAAAUGAUGGCUAUAAAAAUAACACCCAAGUUGUUAAAAAACAGAAUUAACGUUAAAAAUGUGAAAUGAAACAUUUGAUCAUGAUGAUCAAAUGUUUCAUUUGGGCACAGUUCCUGCCCACACAAACCUUCCAUUGCUAUUUAUUUUAGACAUGCUUUUAUUUUGUGAACAUUUCAAGCCACAGCUCUUGAACAGUGAUCACACCUAACACAGAGUGUCACCAGUGUUUGAAAGCCUCCCAUUCCAGUGGGAUCAUGGUAGACAGUAUGUGAUGUAUAUUACUAUUCUGUUAGACUCUACCUGUGUUCAGGUCAGCCUGUCUUGUGUUGUACUCUACCUUUCUAUUCUUGUCCCCAAACUGACUUUGCCUGUUUGCCUGCUGUGCUCUUAAGUGUUGCCCAGAACACAUAUUGUUACACCUUGUGAGGAACUGAAGUGAACUCCAUCUCUCUGAAUGUUCCUCUCUGUCUUUGUUUACAUACUCGGACUUAUUGUGACAUAAUGUAAGGAUUGUACCACCCACUCUGUGUCAGAUAGGGAUGAAUGCCUUUUCACACUGAAACCAUAUGAAAGUGCUUUUUGAAAUGUCGUCUGUAUUGCACUGAAGCUUUAGAAACAACCUACCACAUAAGUUUAUGGACAUGCACCUUUUUGUUUGUUAAUGUUUUGUUUUUUCUUUUCUUCACCAUUGCACUUUGUGUUAUUCACAACAGGUUUAGAAUCACUACCAUAUCAGAUAUAUAUGCAAAGUCAAAAUAGUAGAUACUUAGAUUUAUAUAACCAUAUAUGUUAUUUGUACUGUACUAUAAUGAAUCCACUUUCUCAAUUAUUGUAAUGUCGAUUGGAAAAAUGGUUGUAUCACAUCUUAAAUCAGACGUUUCCACGUAGAUGAUCCUAUAACCUUGUGAAUCUCAUUACUGCUCUCUUAGCUAGUGAUAAGGUGUAGGAUAAGUAAAAGUAACUGUGUGGCCGUGCUGAUAAACCUGUUCAUUUAGGAAGUCCCAUCACGGCAUGAGUUGGUAAAACACCUUGGGAGCCUCAUAAUCAGCAGUCUUCUCUCCUGACAAUUGAUGUAGCAUAUUCAGUUAAAUACCACCAGAUGAAUUCAGGAUAAUCUACAUUUCCACGGCACUAAUUCCAUCUGUACAUCAACAGAGUCAUGUCAUACUCACCACUCUGCUGCUCUCAGUUUCUCUUUUUUAACAGAAAUACUAUACUUUAUUUCACUAAUUUAUUCCAAUUGCUUCUACUUUGCAGAAAAGCUUUCCUGUUGCUCAAAGGGAAAAGAGUUGAUGUUGGGCUAUAAAAAAGUCAAUUCAUUUUCUCCAUAAACAAUGUGAGCUAGCUGACAUUUGGAACAAUUCCAAAUGUCAGCUUGGAUGGGCAAGAAAUUUAUCUAGUUGGCUAGAUGGGUUAGAAAAUAUGUUUUUUGAUAAAAAGUGAAAGGUACACGCCAGUGUACCUAAAAACGUAAGGUGAACUACAAAUCCCAUUUUGGCAAGAAACAUCCAAUCACAGAGUGAUUGAGAGCUACAGGUUACGCUUUUGAGAAAACUGAUUUUACAAUGUGCUGCUUAAAUCAAUUUACUUUUGGAUUCUGGGUCAAUUUAUGAGCAAUUCAGCAACUAUAGCGUUUUCACAACUGAAACAACGAAGCAUUUUGAAUUCGCUACACCUUUCAAUAGCAACAGUAGUCGAGCCUCAUGGGUAUUGUAGUAUUUAGACCCGUCCUGAACUGGUGGUCAUUGCAUAAACCUAGGAUUGUUACAUUAUCCAGUAACAUUGAGGAUAUUAUUUAAAGACACAUUUGAAAUGGGAAUACAGAAAAGAAACAACCAGGGGCCCCGUGGUUGUUUUUUAUAACAUCUGCUGUUCCUGGUAGGCUUUUAUUUUGAAACAUUUGGAAGGGAAGUGUUGAGUUUCAUUGAUAGUAACUUAUCACUGCUCAACAAAAUAGCAAAGCAGAAGUGAUUGAAAUUAAUUGGUGAAUGAAAACAGCAUUUCUGUUAAAUAGAGAAAGUGUUUUCAGCACAGUGGUCAGUAUGACACGACUGAUGUUGUACUACUGGAAUUCGUGCUGUGGAAAUGUACAUUAUACUGAAUUUACCACGUGAGCUAUCAGAGUACAGGUAAUUCCACCCCAACUCAAUGUGUUCCAUAAAACACUUUUUUCCCUCCUGAAGUGUGUACAUUUCCUUAGUUUUGUUUUAUCCACAAAGAGUUUCAAAUAGUGUGAACUGGGUGUUUGUCCCAAUAUGUACUCGAUGGACUAUAUUCUUAAUCUACAUUAUUUUGUUGAAUCUUUUAUCGUAUGUAGACCAACUCUACUUUAUAUACAAUAGAGAGAAAAUAAAGAAGAUAUUGGAUAUUUACUUAGCUUGCAAUUGCUUAGAUGUUCAAGAUGUUGCAUGACUUUUUUUCCCCCCCUAAAGAUUGUUAUUUUGGAUUUUGGAUAAGGGGAAGCUCUAAGCACAGGGUGCUAUCUGCAACACUGUCACAGAAAGGGAUGUCCAUUAGAAGCAUUCAGUCUCCAGAAAACAGCAGGGGAAGAUUUAAUGCAAGAUUAGCCUAUUUUAAACUAUUAUUAUUAUUUUUUGCACUUAGACCCACAGUAUGAAUGACUGACUCUUUUAGAACCAACUUCUAGGCUAAGGAAACUGGCUGUGCAGUUCUGUGUUUUAUUUUUUCAGUAGCGUAAUUUAUGCAAAAGGUGUUUUAUAGAUGUUGUAACUUAAUAUAUUGAUAAAUAUAUUGCGUAAAUAAAUGACAAGCAAAUACUGAGCCACCA